UUACAGAGGAAAUUAUUUUUCAUGCCAAGAGAGCUACCGCAUCAUGGAAAAUGGGUUCCGGAAUGUUACAGUCCAAACGAGGUGCCGGGUCCUGUUCCAUGGAAAUUCCCAAAGUUUAUAUUGAUCGGUUUCCUGCGCUUGAUGGCUGAAAUCUUUCGAAGGGGUCUUCCAGUAAAGAGCACGUGACUUCUCACUAUUUCCCGGUCCUUUUCUUGUAAUUCAAUACAGAGCCAAAAUAUAAUGUGAGACAACUGACCGCUGCGCCUGUUGAAGAGUUGGGCUGUAGUGUGCAUGUGGGGACUGGACACUUGGACAUCAGCCACUGAUCACAAGGAAUACCUCAAUUUUUCUACGUCUUUCUGGGAAUAAAACAUUAGUUUAAUUUCAAAUGUGUGAUAUAAUAUUUAGUCGGAUUUUUCUUGGGUUUCCCGUACUUCUCCUCUGGAUGGCAGGUGGUCCUACACAUGCCUCCUUUCCUCUUGAGCUCAACCCUCCCAGAGUGGUGAUGAGAUAUGGAGACUCAGUCUCAGUUAACUGCAGCACAUCAUACACAGACCAUGAGGGGAUGGGCUGGGAGGCCACAUUCGGAGGUACAGGUUUUGAACAAGAUGUCAGCAUUGUCACCUGGACUGUGGAUAACCUUACUGAUUGGACAAUAGAACCUAUAUGCUACAUGACUCUCAUUGACGGCAAACAACCCUCAAAAGUACUUCCAGUCAUUCUCUACAAGACUCCAGACAGCGUCUCCAUCUCUGUUCUGAGACACUCUGGUCCCAUGGUGGAGGGGACAGAGUACCAGCUGCAGUGUGACAUCCAGAACAUGGCUCCUCAACAGAACCUGGUUGUGAAGUGGUACAAAGGGAAUGAACCCUUAGAUAAUGUAACUUACAGUGACGUCAGUAAGACACCAGUGGAUGUGUCUGAUACUCUGAUGAUCAGCCCCAGUAGACAUGAUGAUGGAGCUCAGUAUAGAUGUAGAGCAGAACUGGACCUGGGACCAGAGGGACCACAACCCCAUCCUACAGUAACAUCAGAACCUCUCAGCAUUACUGUGCACUAUGCUCCUGAGUUCCUUCCAGGGAAUGACACAGUGGAGGUGAGUGCAGGCAGUGAUGUGUCUCUGGACUGCAGUGCUGAGGGGAACCCUCCUCCUGAGCUGAGGUGGACCAACAACACUGCAGAGGGAAAUGCCAAUGAGGCCACUGUGGGGCGCCUGCGUACUCUCUAUAUCUCCAGAGUAACAGCUAAUGCAACUUACAACUGCACAGUCACAAAUGGACUGGGCUCCAUCACCAAGCAGAUACAUGUCCUAGUAGAUGUACCUCCACAACAACACCCAACGAUGUUCUCCACAGCACCCUCAACUCCAGGAACUAUGACCACCCUCCCAGCAACAGCCAAGCCAAAAGUAGUUACCUUUCCUCUUGAGCUCAAACCUCCCAGAGUGGUGGUGAGAUAUGGAGACUCAGUCUCAGUUAACUGCAGCACAUCAUCCACAGACCAUGAGGGGAUGGGCUGGGAGGCCACAUUCGGAGGUACAGGUUUUGAACAAGAUGUCAACAUUGUCACCUGGACUGUGGAUAACCUUACUGAUUGGACAAUAGAACCUAUAUGCUACAUGACUCUCAUUGACGACGAACAACCCUCAAAAGUACUUCCAGUCAUUCUCUACAAGACUCCAGACAGCGUCUCCAUCUCUGUUCUGAGACACUCUGGUCCCAUGUUGGAGGGGACAGAGUACCAGCUGCAGUGUGACAUCCAGAACAUGGCUCCUCAACAGAACCUGGUUGUGAAGUGGUACAAAGGGAAUGAACCCUUAGAUAAAUUAACUUACAGUAACGUCAGUAAGACACCAGUGGAUGUGUCAGCUACUCUGUUGAUCAGCCCCAGUAGACAUGAUGAUGGAGCUCAGUAUAGAUGUAGAGCAGAACUGGACCUGGGACCAGAGGGACCACAACCCCAUCCUACAGUAACAUCAGAACCUCUCAGCAUUACUGUGCACUAUAAGCCACUUAUCAAUGCAUCUCGACUGCCAGUGAGGAUACCUGUGUUCAGGGGCUAUCCUGAGGAGUUAGUGUGUGAGGCUGAGGGUCACCCACAGCCCAGGAUACAGUGGGUCUAUGACCCAUCGAAGCCUGUCAGUGUGGCGGGAGGCAACCUGACUGUCUUUGAGGAAGGGUUCUACAACUGCACCGCCACCAACGAUGUGGGGACGAGCUUCAUUGUGGUAGAGGUGGUUUUAAAUGAGGACUACCUGCCCCUCAUAGCGGGCUUCGUGGCCUUCAUGGUCGUGGUCAUCUUGGUCAUCUUCGUCUUCAUCUACUCCAUCUACUACAAGAACAACAAGAUGGGCCGCUACAGCCUGAAGAAGGCCAAGCUCAGCAGCACGCCCAAUGGCAACGUGGCGCAGAACGGCGGCCGGGACACUCCGCUCCCGAUGACUCAACUGUCUCAGCCAAACAUCUACGUCUAGGAGAACGAGUUUUACUGGGAUGGACCACUCUGAAUGAAGAGCCCUGUUUCCCCGCUGAGAGACUAAGUGAGAGACCAAGUGGUUGAGGGGCUGGUCACAACUCAUUCAGCUGGCAGACGCAGGUCUGGAUUGUGAUAGUUGGGAGUGUCUCCUGACUCUCCUCCAACCUCCCUAUGCUUCAUAUGCACUCCCUUUCCUUUUUAGCACUAAGAUUUUAAGUACAGAUCAGUCCCUCUAUUUCCCCUUCUACUGAAGAACCUGAUGAGGUAGAAUAACCUGUUUUUAGUGUGAGCUAUAUGAUCUAGUCUACACAUUCGAAGUGUAGCUGAUGUUUUCUCUGAAGGACAAGAAGAGGCAGCAAAUGGACAAGGUAAAAUCCCUUUUUGGAAAUUGGCUUAAUUGAAAUGAAUGUUUUAUAUGACUGGUUUUGAAAAAACUGGUUUGUGUUGCAUAAGCACCAACAAGGGAAUUGUUAUGUCAUUUUGAAUGUCUUUUUUUUUUGUUUGGUCUGAUGACAAUGUAAUUGCUGUCACAUUAUACAAUUGCUUGAAGAGCAGCACAUGGUUGAAAUUGUGAGAAUGUCCCCUUUGCCUGGAUGUGAUGUCUUGCUCGUGACAAGAAGCUUGGAGUGUAAACCUGCAGUACAGUGGAGGCUGCUGAGGGGAGGACGGCUCAUAAUAAUGGCUGGAACGGAGUGAAUGGAAUGGCAUCAAACACAAGGAAACAAUGUUUGAUGUAUUUGAUACCAUUCCACUAAUUCCACUCCAGCCAUUACCACGAGCCCGUCCUCCCCAAUUAAGGUGCCACCAACCUCCUGUGCUACAGUAUAUGCACACAACCUCUUUAGGUUGUGAGCACAAUGAUCACUGAAACCAAUUAAUGUAGCCUUCAUGUGAAAAGUAUUAUUUCCCCAGAUUACGAAUUAUAUUGUGACAUUAAGGGGGUCUCCAUUUUUUUUACGCGACUUCCUGAAAAUAAUUUUGAGGACUAAUAGUAAAGAUGUAUUGUAAUGGUAAACAUUAUUACCUUUUAAUGUGGCAUGAACACAAACAGUCAUGAUGCGUUCAUCUGAUUCUCAAACAAAUCACUUAAAAAAUGAAGCUACCUGUGCACUUUUGUCCACAAAAUAAUUCCAGCUUCCAAACAGUGCACCCGCCAUUUCAUGAAGGGAAAGAGACAUCUGUUACAAAACACCAAAAAGUGUGAUGACGUUCGGCGAUUGUCAGGAAGCCUACACUCUUGUAGCCUGAAUUAAUUGAUGCGUCUUGCUGACAAAUUGACAGAAACAAAUAUAUAAAAAUCUGGACACCUGAAAAGGGGCUGAAAUACAGGAUUCAACUACAGCUGUCUGUCCCAAGCUCAUGUGAGGGCUCAGUUGAAACAAUAUUGCAAAGCUCAAAACAGACAUCAGACAGGCGGAGAAUGAAUGCGAUUGAAAGAACCUGAACAGGUUUAAACCAGUGGGGAGCUCAUUUAGGGGAGCUCAUGUCUCAUUUGAGGGUCAGCGCUACUCUGUUACUACUCUACACUGCUCCUACUCACCCAGCACUGCAUCUGGAGUGUUCAGUGUUUUAACUGCAUCACUGUAAUGCCUGACUGCAUGUGAGUUCUGAAUGUGUGGAAGGGGCAGUUGGUGUGUGGUUGCCUCUUCCUGUAAGCAGAUUGAAUCAAGCCAUUAUUAUCACAUGCAGGAGUCAAGAGAAAACCUGGAGCUCAAGAGUAAUGUCAAUACUUUUUAGGUCCCACUUCACAUUGAGUGGCCUAAAACUUUUGUAAUUGUAAUUACAUGGUAGUUACACUUUUUAAUUACAAGGUGCCCAUAUACACUCACUAGUCAGUUUAUUAGGUACAAUGGAUCGCUCCUACAGACAGUUAGUCACGUGGCGGUGGCUUGCUAUAUAAAGCAGGCAGACAGGCAUCAAAGCACACAAUUCAUGUUGGAUUGAAUGUUAGAAUGGGCAAAACGAGUGACCUAAACGACUUUGAGCGUGGCACACAAGAUCCAGUAUCUCAGAAACGGGUGCCCACGACCCAUCCUGCCUGGUGUCAAUGCUACAGGCUGGUAGCGGUGAUGUACCACCGUCCAAUCUGCAGCAACUGUGUGAUGCCAUCGCUUCAGCAUGGAAAAACAUCCCUGUGGAACGUUUCUGACUUUUAUAAUCCCUGUACUGAAGAAUUCAGGCUGUUCUGGAGGCAAAAGGGGUCUGACCCGGUACUAGAUGGGUGUACCUAAUAAACUUGCCGAUGAGUUAUGUAACUACAAUGUAAAUGCAUAUGUUUUAGGCUACUUCAUGUAAACUCAAAACCUUUUGUGUAUGUAAUAUAAAAUAUAGAACUGUAUUUAUUAAAGUCUGUAAAAAUGAGUGCCUCAACAUUUAUAAGGGCCCAUAGAGUACCUGGAGAAUAGAUUUCAAAGGGGGGGGGGGGGGCUUAUAGGGAAGGAGAGAACAAUUACUAUUGUACAAAGGGAUGGUCAGUAUUGAUUUUCUAUCAAUAUUGGUCCUCUGGUUGUUAGGAGAUAAAGUAUCUCCCCUGAUCCCCUUUCACCACUGUAUGUAGUGUACACAAACUUCUGUGGAGAUCUUUUGUUUCACAGUCCUCUCUUUUGUUUCACAGUUUCACAUGUCAAUACUCCUGUGUUAAGAAAUCUUUUGUAUAAUAUUGCUUUGAGUUAUCAUUAAAAUAGAGUUUUUUUAUGAUAA